UUUCCAAAUGUGAAAAUAUCACCAAUAUUCUUCGUAUUUGACUUUUACAAAUGAUUACAAAGACUUCCACCUCAGUCUUCCAGUACGUUCAUAAAAUUCAACCCUCAACCACAACAGAAUGUAUAGAGAAAUUUCAACCAAUUUCUGGUGGUUCAACCCACCCCAUGCUUCGUUCAUACUUGAAAUUAAAUACAAACACAAUCCAAAAUUUUGAUUAACCAUCUAAUCUACCCAUUCCCAUUUGUCACCAAACCAUAGCAAAUUAUAUCUCAUCUCAUCUCAUCUCCCGUUUCCCUUGGGCCCAGGUCAUCACCGACUACAGGUCCAAAGCCAAGUCACCCAACUAACCAAUAAAGCUCUCAACUUUACACCAGUUCUCGAAUCUGUUAUAUAUAUAAAUUCUCUGUAAUAACAAACUUAAUAGACCGACAAACCUCUCUUCUUCAUUUUCAGCGCACCAAAUGGACUGGACUAGAAGUCACGCCAUUGGCCACGGCAACACAGCCACCGUCUCCCUCGCUACUUCUAUCUCUUCUGGUGAUGUCUUUGCCGUCAAGUCCACCGGGCUUUCCAAAUCCGAGUUCUUGCAGAGGGAGCAAAAAAUUCUUUCUUCUUUAAAUUCUCCCCAUAUAAUUAGCUACAAGGGCUGUGAUAUUACUAGUGAAAAUAGCAAGUUGAUUUACAACCUUUUUAUGGAGUAUGCGACCGGCGGAUCGCUUACCGACGCUAUUCACCGACACGGUGGCAGGGUAGAUGAGUCUAUGAUCGCGUGCUACACGCGUCAAAUAUUACAGGGUCUAGAGUAUCUACAUUCAAAUGGGCUGGUACAUUGUGACAUUAAGGGAAGAAAUAUUUUGAUUUGCAAAGAUGGCGCCAAAAUUGCAGAUUUUGGAUGUGCCAAGUGGGAGGCAGAGGAGAGGCAGAGCAGUGGCACGCCGAUGUUUAUGGCACCUGAGGUGGCGCGUGGGCAACACCAGGGCUUUUGUAGUGAUAUAUGGGCCUUUGGGUGCACUGUUAUUGAAAUGGCCGGUGGUGGUGCACCCUGGCCUGACGCCACUGACCCAUUAACGGUUCUGUAUAGGAUUGCUUAUUCUUCUGAAUUACCAGAUUUUCCAAGUUUUCUAUCAAACCAAGCAAAGGAUUUCUUGUCAAAGUGUUUAAGAAGAGAGCCAAAAGAGAGGUGGACAGCUACUCAACUUCUUAAGCAUCCUUUUCUUGGAGAAUUCACUUCAUCUACAAUUCAAUUUCAAGAAUCUAAUUCAAGUUCAAAUUCUCCAACAAGUGUUCUCGAUCAAGGUAUAUGGAACUCAGUGGAAGAAAGUUUGGGAAAUCUGAUCCAUUCAAGUUCCCAGAACUCGGUUAGUGAGAGAAUCAGACGAUUGAUGUGUUCGGAGGGGCCCAGUUGGGAUUGGUAUGAGAGUUGGAUGACAAUUAGAGGGAACAACAAUGAGGAAAGCAAUGCAAUCAUGGAUGAUAUUGAAGGCAAAGAUGAUAUGAUCAGUGGGUCAGUGUUGAAUUCAUUUAGUGGUAACUUAGAGGAGCAAGAAAGCUAUGUUAAGAGCCCCAAGUUGGAUUUCUUAAACAACAAUAUCAAUACCAGAAGUUGUUCUUGUACAUAUAAAAAAGACUCUGUUGUAAAUAGCAGUAACCUCAAUUUUCAGAGGGAUGAAGAUAGGAUGUUGUUUUUUACUUCAAUCACAAGUUCUUGCUCUUUACUAUCAUAAAUUCACCUCUCUCUUUUUUCCGCAUAAUACAAGAGUAUACAUAUUUAAGAAGGAUUUGAACAUUUGGUGGAAUUUAUGAAAGUGAAAGGCCAGUCCUGCAACCUAAUCUUAUGUUGAGUUUUAGUGGGUAAAAAGUGGCGCUCAUUCAUAACUGUCAAUCUGGCGGCAACUUGAUGUAUUAAUUCUCCUGUAUAUAUGGUAGUUAAGCUUGGUUAAUCCCAUCUGCUAUGUUCAAUUAUAAAAGCAAAAGCCGUCCAAGUCCAACCCAA